GGUACUCACACGAGCUGAUCUGAUCGCCGGCGAGAUCACUCGGGAGACAGGCAGGAGCGUGGCCCCUGCAGGCGAGGCGAGGAGUUGAGGCCAAGUUUCCGGUGCGCCCCUGAGCUCUUCCAGCCCUUGGUGCCCGCAGCCAGCACAGAGUAGACCCGGGCCGUUCCGAACGUAAGUGCGUCCCGGCGGCCUUGCCCUUAGCCUGGACUCCUGCCCUCUAAGCGCCCUCUCAUCCAUCCAUCGGUCCUGCACAACGCCACGAUGCCAGCCACUCUAGAGACCUGCCUCUCGGACCUCGACUGCGCUAGCAGCAGCAGCAGCAGCACUAGCGACCUGUCCGGCUUCCUCACCGACGAGGAGGACUGUGCCAGGCUCCAACAGCCCGCGUCAGCCUCGGGGCCGCCCGUGACGGUCCGCAGGGGCGCACCCGGGAUUCCCGGGGCGUCCGACACUCCUCGAGCGCCGGAUGAUGAGCAGGAGCGGCGGCGGCGCAGAGGCCGCGCCCGGGUGCGCUCCGAGGCGCUGCUGCACUCGCUGCGCAGGAGCCGACGCGUCAAGGCCAACGACCGCGAGCGAAACCGCAUGCACAACCUGAACGCAGCGCUGGAUGCGCUGCGCAGCGUGCUGCCCUCCUUCCCCGACGACAGCAAGCUCACCAAGAUCGAGACGCUGCGCUUCGCCUACAACUACAUCUGGGCUCUGGCAGAGACUCUGCGCCUGGCGGACCAGGCGCUGCCCGGGGGCGCUGCCCGCGAGCGCCUCCUGCCGCCACAGUGCGCACCCUGCCUCCCCGGGCCCCCGAGUCCCGCCAGCGACGCUGAGUCCUGGGCCUCCGGUGCCGCCGCCUCCCCCUGCGCCGCUGCCGCCUCGCCACUCUCUGACCCCAGUAGCCCCGCCGCAUCCGAAGACUUCACCUAUGGCCCCGGCGACCCUCUUUUCUCCUUCCCCGGCCUGCCCAAAGACUUGCUCCACACGACGCCCUGUUUCAUCCCUUACCACUAGGGCCCCUUUUGAAUACCGUUACCUUCCCCCUCCCCCAGGAGACGGACAGUAGAUGGGGACCCAGCUGCGGCCUCCGGCCGCCCAGUCCAGGCAGACCGAGGAAACGGGAGCUUUAAAUGGGUAGGGGAUACCUGAGCCGCUUGUUAGGUCGCCGCACCCUCGCAGCGGCUGCCCCUUGGUCUGUUUCUCCAGCCCUCAGCCCCAGGGCCCCUCCCGCCCGCCCCUAGACGGCCUUUCCUUUCGCACUUUCUGUAGUCCACAAAACCUCCUUUGUGGCUGGCUCAGAGCUGACCCCAGCCACCACUUCAGUGUGAUUUAGAAAAGGGACACAUCGGUCCCUGAAGACGAGGUGAAAAGUCAAUUUUACAAUUUGUAGAACUCUAAUGAAGAAAAACGAGCAUGAAAAUUCGGUUUGAGCCGGCUGACAAUACAAUGAAAAGGCUUAAAAAGGAGAGACAAGGAGUAGGCUUCAUGCAUUAUGGAUCCCGACCCCCACCACUGCAGGCUCGCUCUAGGAAGAACCCGAGACUCUUGCGUAGCUAUUCAGGCACUGGGCUGGAGAGUACUUUAAUUUAUUCAAGAUGCUUCAUUCAUAUGAAAAUGUAUUUUUGUGCAUAAAGAGUUUAUUCUAUUAUUAUGAGCUAUCAAAGUUUACAUUUUUGUACUGCAGAUGUUUCAUGUAAAUAAAAGCUAAA